AUGGGUUUAGCUUAUAUUUUUUGUUUGGAUAUGUUGUUCCUCAUUCACUUAGGUGAGCAUGGUAUAUUUGGAGUUCCAUUGGCAAUAGCUGUGUCUAGAAUGCCUUCUCACGACGGUGUUCCUUUACCUGUUGUUGUCAGACGGUGUGUCGAUUAUAUUUAUGACAAUGGAUUGAACGUUGAGGGUAUAUUUCGAAUAUCGGCACCGAAGUCUCGAUUGGACGAGCUAGAAGCGGUAGUGAAUUCAAGAAAGCCGUUUUCUUUAUCAGACGUUCAUGACGCAACUGGUCUGUUGAAGCGCUUUUUGCGACAACUCCCCGAGCAUAUACUUACAGAAGAUAUGCGGAAUAUUGCAUCAAAGUGUCCUUGUAAAUCUCUUCCGACAUGCCGCUGUCUGGUAGCCGACCUUCUAAAGGCACAGUUGAGCCGUUUACCGAAUGAAAAUUACAUGUUACUCGCGUACGUUUUCUUGUUGGCGCAGAAGAUUGUGGCAAAUAAAGAACAAAACAAAAUGGGCGUCGCUGCUUUGGGUCUAUUGCUGCAAGCAACUUUAAAUCUCUCACAAUCUUUAUUACGAAUUUUCCUUUUAAACGCGGCGGAUCUCAUCUCGCGAGACAACAGUUCCCAGGUAACUGGUUAA